ACCGAACUUCCCCUUUCCUUCCACCCUUCUCCUCCCUUCCCCCUUUAUAAAUAAAUAAACAGGGGAAACCCCUCCUCCAUCCUUCACUCCUCAGUAACCCAGCGAUGGCGAAAAGUCUCCCUUUUGCCCCACUCCUCUCGGUUAUUUUCUUCUCCUCUUCUCUCUCCCUCGCGAUUCUACUCCCCGACCUCGAUCUGAAGCUCCCCUCAACGGCGAGGUUCCCGAGUCUCGACGCCGAGGGGCUCAUCCGAUCGCUCAACCUCUUGCCGAGAGAUGCCGAUGCCGAUAACGGGCGAGAUGCUGGAGGUUUGGGGAAGGAAAUUGUUGAGAGGAGCUUUGCGUUCCCUGGGCUUCUCUCCGAUGGGGUCCCUGUUCAGGAUCUAGGGCAUCAUGCUGGGUACUACAAGUUGCCCCAUACCUAUGACGCAAGGAUGUUCUACUUCUUCUUUGAAUCGAGGCACAACAAGAAGGACCCAGUUGUGAUUUGGUUGACGGGAGGACCUGGUUGUAGCAGCGAACUGGCUGUGUUCUAUGAGAACGGGCCUUUCAAUAUCGCUAAUAACCUUUCACUUGUUUGGAAUGACUUUGGUUGGGAUCAGGCAUCAAAUCUUAUAUAUGUGGAUCAGCCCACAGGAACUGGUUUUAGUUAUAGCUCUGAUAAGCGUGAUAUUCGUCACAAUGAGAAGGGAGUGAGCGAUGACCUAUAUGAUUUUCUCCAGGCCUUUUUUGCUGAGCAUCCAGAGUUUGCAGAGAAUGAUUUCUACAUUACAGGAGAGUCCUAUGUUCAUCAGGGAAACAAAGCUAAGGAAGGUGUCCACAUAAAUUUAAAGGGCUUUGCCAUCGGUAAUGGACUCACUAAUCCAGCAAUCCAGUACAAAGCAUACACAGAUUAUGCACUGGAGAACAAAGUUAUUAAACAAGCUGAUCAUGAAAGAAUCAACAAGAUCCUACCGGCAUGUGAACUUGCAAUCAAACUAUGUGGUACAUCUGGAACUACAACCUGCCUGGCAUCAUACAUGGUUUGCAAUACUAUUUUCAAUUCCAUCAUGCGGAUUGCUGGAAAUAUAAAUUAUUACGACAUCAGAAAGCAAUGUGAAGGGCAACUUUGUUAUGAUUUCUCAAACAUGGAAAAGUUUCUCAACCAGAAGGCUACUAGGGAUGCUCUUGGAGUUGGGGACAUAGAAUUUGUCUCCUGUAGCCAAAGUGUGUAUCAGGCCUUGCUCACGGAUUGGAUGAGGAAUUUGGAAACGGGCGUUCCUGCUCUUCUUGAGGAUGGUAUCAAGAUGCUAAUAUAUGCUGGGGAAUAUGAUUUAAUCUGCAACUGGCUUGGAAACUCAAGAUGGGUUCAUGCAAUGGAAUGGUCUGGUCAGCAUAACUUUGUUUCUUCACCUGAAAUGCCUUUCACAGUGGACGGUGCGGAAGCUGGAGUAUUGAAAACUCAUGGUCCUCUCAGUUUCCUUAAGGUACAUAAUGCAGGGCAUAUGGUGCCAAUGGACCAGCCCAAGGCCGCGCUGGAGAUGUUGAAGAGGUGGACUCGAGGGAAGCUUGCUGAGCCCUCCUAUGAUUUCAACUGGAAUCCUACCAUGUAAAUACCACAGAGAGAGCUAAUUUUCUUCAGGAGCAUAACUAGAAGCGCUUGGAGAUGUUAUUUAACCGAAUAAUCGCCCCGUGACAAAUCUGUUUUCAACUGGUUUGUACAUAGUGCUCUGGUAGCUAGAAAUAAAACUUUAUAACAGUUGAAUUUCUCUCUCUUUUGUUUGGUAUGAAAGACAGCUAUUUGAAACUAAGGAUCACAAAGUUAUCACAUUAAACAGUUUGUGGUUCAUUUGAUCAUGAAAAUUGUCGAGCAUUGCUAGUUAUUUAAAGGGAUGUAUUAAGUUGAGAUUUAUAGCA